AGGGGGAGCAACUAUAAGAAGCCUGCGGCUGGGAUCAAACACAUUAUGGAAUCAUGACAUCAGCAGAGGAUGAUGAAGAGUUUGAAGAGGCUGUUGAGCGUUACGCCUCGGAGACCACAUGGGGCUGGACCCGUCAGACCAUGAACUACGUGGGCCAGUUGGCCGGCCAGGUGUUCGUCCAGGUCAAAGAGCUGUACCGAGGCCUCAACCCCGCCACGCUCUCUGGCUGCAUCGACGUCAUCGUGGUGAGGCGGCCCGACGGAUCUCUGCAGUGCUCGCCUUUCCACGUGCGCUUCGGCAAGAUGGGCGUCCUCCGGUCCCGAGAGAAAGUGGUGGACAUGGAGAUCAACGGAGAGCCCGUGGAUCUACACAUGAAGCUCGGGGACAAUGGAGAAGCCUUCUUUGUGCAGGAAACGGAGAAUGAUCAGGAAGUGGUGCCCUCCUACCUGGCCACCUCCCCCAUCCUGUCGGACGGGCCCCUUCUGAUGGGGCAGAGCUCCGGGCCGCCCGUACAGACCCUGGGCUCCGCGGGCUGCAUGGGCGAGACCGGCGGUGGGACGGUGACGAUGAUGAAGAAGAGGAGGAAGAGGAGACGGAAGGCGCGGGCGGACAGCGUGAGGAGGGAGGAGAGCGGCGAGUACUCCGAGGACGAGGACAUGUUCACCAUCGACAUCAGCUCGGACGAUAUGGCGGAGAGCAACAGGACUCGGGACGUCCUCAGAGAUGAGACGACAGUCGUCUCUUUCAAACAGACCGGCGUCUACACCCGUUCGGAUGGGGAUUGGAGCCCGAUUCAGAGCCCUGGAAACUCUCGCCCCACCUCUCCCAAGAGCGACUCGGAGCUCCUGACCAAGCCGUCGGACGCACGCAAUCGGAACCCGGCCAUGCUGUGGGCGUGGGGCGAGCUGCCACAGGCUGCCAAGCCGUCCUUCCUCCCGGUGAAACCCGGCCCUCCCCCAGUGCGCCCGCUGUCCAUCCCCGUGUCUGAAAGCACACACUUCCGCGUGAUAACGCACCCGUCGUCCUCGGAGCAGUGCAGACCCUGCUCGGAGAUAUCGGCGCUCCGGCUGCUGAUGCCGGAGGAGACGGGUGAGGACGCUGUGGGGGAGGAGUCAGCUGGAGGCGUCGCGGCCCGUAUGACGUCCGACAUGGAGGAGGCAAUGUCGCCUCCGCCGGGCAAGACAGACUCUCCAUCCAAGAGGCAAGACAAGAGAAGCCGCCACCUCGGCGCCGAUGGAAUUUACCUGGAUGACAUCACAGAGCUCCAGCCUGAAGUGGCGGCCCUUUAUUUCCCCAAGAGCGACGGCGGCGCGGCGGUGAGGAGCGUCUCGGACCCGGGUCUCCACAGCGCCAGUCCGUCCUUGCAGUCGGUCAGCUCCGGAGGAGACAGCGGGGUGGACAGCUACUGCGACCACAUGGCCGACAUGCCGGCCAUCGCCAUCUCUUUGUGCGGCGGGCUCAACGACGUCCGGGAGAUCACGAAAGAGCUGUUCCACGAGAAGCUCAUCUCCUACCAGCAGUUUUCGGAAAACCCCUCCAUCAUCGACGACCCCAACUUAGUCGUGAAAAUCGGCUCCAAAUACUAUAAUUGGAGCUCUGCGGCUCCCCUUAUGCUGGCCAUGCAAGCCUUUCAGAAACCGCUGCCAAAGGCUGCGGUGGAGAACAUCAUGAAGGAGAAGAUGCCCAAGAAAGGAGGGCGGUGGUGGUUCUCCUGGCGAGGCAGAAACAGCAGCAGCAAAUCGGAUUCGGUCUCGGAGCGCGGGGCCGGUGGUUAUGCUGAACAGGCCGGCGAGAUGUCGAGCAGACGCGAAGAGGAGUCGUCCUCCAGCGACGAAGACCACAGGGCAGCCAUGCAGAGCUCUCCCGCCAUCCAAUCAGAGCCCGGGCCCACACUAGGAGGCGUGUCUUAUAAGAAGACCCUCCGACUCACAUCAGAGCAGCUGCUGUCCCUCAAGCUGCAGGAUGGCCCUAACGAUGCUGUGUUUAGCGUGACCACUCAGUACCAGGGAACCUGUCGCUGUCAGGGCACCAUCUACCUCUGGAACUGGGAUGACAAGAUCAUCAUCUCUGACAUAGAUGGAACCAUCACCAGGUCGGACACAUUGGGUCAUAUCCUGCCCACCCUGGGGAAAGACUGGACCCACCAGGGCAUUGCACACCUCUACCACAAAGUCAGCCAAAAUGGCUACAAGUUCCUGUACUGUUCGGCGCGAGCCAUCGGCAUGGCCGACAUGACCAGAGGUUACCUCCACUGGGUCAACGAGAGAGGCACCAUGCUUCCUAUGGGCCCCGUCCUCCUCAGCCCGAGCAGCCUCUUUUCAGCCCUGCACAGGGAGGUGAUCGAGAAGAAACCAGAGAAAUUCAAGGUGGAGUGUCUCAACGAUAUCAAGAACCUCUUCUUCCCCAACACAGAGCCGUUCUAUGCAGCGUUUGGGAACCGACCGACGGAUGUAUAUUCCUAUAAAGAAGUGGGAGUGCCACUGAACCGGAUUUUUACAGUCAACCCGAAAGGCGAGCUCGUGCAGGAGCACGCCAAGACCAACAUCUCAUCGUACGUCCGCCUCGGUGAGGUGGUGGACCACGUGUUUCCUCUGAAGACGAGAGCCUCAUCCUCGGACUUCCCUUGCUCAGACACCUACAGCCACUUCACCUACUGGAGGCAGCAGCUCCCCCGGGUGGACCAUCCGGGUACUACACCUCCACAGACUCCCCGCCCCAGCAGCUGACUGCUAGCAGGCGGAGCACUGGCAGGUGUGAUGGUCACAUGUGUGUGAUAGGAAUUAUGUAUUUCUUUUGGAUGUUGUAGAAGAAGAUGGAGCCCUUUGAGGGCACGGCAGAGAGCAAUUUAAGUCGCUUAAUCUGCUGUGAAUAUGUCAAACGCACUAGAUGGAUGUAAGAGCACUUUUAUAAAAAGAUGGCCUUUUGACUAUCUGUAUGUAUAUGAUAAAUAAUUAUAAUUUAUUCAGGCAGCUUAGCACAUGUGUUAUGUUUUUAGUGCGUGUUGAGGUUAUUUCGGGAGCUCGACUUUUAAAUUUAUUUAUGCAGACAGUUGCAUACUGUAUUUCUCAGACGGUAUAUCUAUGUUCAGAAGAGCGUCUUCCUCGAUGAAGAAUUUAUUUCCUUACUCUGAACUUUUUCAGUCGAGACUGUUACAGAUCCUCAAUCAGCAUGGAGUUGCAUAUAUAUAUAUAUAUAUUUUUUAAUAUAUAUAUUUAUAAAAUAUAUUUUACUUGAGAGCGACAUAUGUGUACAUUAUUAUUAUUAUUCUGUCAGUAUUAUUUACAUAGUAUGUUACAUAAAAUGUAUUACACAGCACAAUUAAUAUGUUGUGGUCUAAGCAGCGUGACAUUUUUGAACAAAGUCUACAUUGUAAAGACGUUUUUGAAUGAAUAUUUAUUGUUGAGACAAAGUAAUCUGACCGGAGAACAGAAAGCACAACAUUUUAAAUGGUCAAAAUAAUUAUGGGUUUCCAUUGGAGUGUCUGAGAGAUUUUUAUUUUUCUAUUGAAAUCACAGAGUGUUUAUAUUGUCUUCUUAAAAUGAAUUUAGCCAGUUAGAGUUCGUACGACGUGACUGUUUGGUGUUCAACUCUCUCAGAUCUAUGCUUGUUUCCAUACAUGCCGUGAGCUAUAUUUUGUUAUUUUAUCUGGUUACAUUGACUGAUAUAACAUGUAGACAUUAUACGUCACCCAUUGGCUCUUUUACUGCUGCCAUUCCCUUGUAACAUCCCCCUCAUCAGACAGCUGAGAGAGCACAGCAGGCGACAAUAUUAAAAGUCUUUCAUUUGUAUAACACCACAGCCAACCUGAGGUCAUAUGCAGUCAUAUGCAGGAGCUGCUGUCAUGGCGACCUCCCUAAUGCAUCAAUGUUUUCACUGUGAACCACCCGAACAGUAGCUUCAUGUUCAGUAAGCGUAUAGUUUAUGAAAGAGCAUAUAAUGCUUCAUGAUUCUUUCCAUGAAAGAGCUCAAAUUGCCUGAAAGUGUAUUAACUUUGCCAAACCGUGAACAAUAUAAUCAAUAAUUUGUUCAUUUAUUCCCUCCACUCCUUCCCCCGACCAGUUCACUGUUAUGUUUGUGUAAGCAAAGUCAAUAAAAAAUGCUUUGAUAACA